AUCAAAAUAAAUCAGCCAAGACCACAGAAAAAAAAUUGUAGACCUCCACAAGUCUAGUUUAUCCUUGGGAGCAAUUUUCAAACACCUGAAGGUACCACGUUCAGCUGUACAAACAAUAAUACGCAAGUAUAAACACCUUGGGUCAGGCCUCAUAGCCUACCUCAGGCAGUUAAGUGAUUCUGUAUAGGUCUAGGCUCCAUCUCCAUCUGUUGGUGUGCAACACUUGCAUAACAAGUUAGCUAUAUUUUCAGCACCAGCCACUAUUCACCUGAUUACGCUGCGGUUGCCACCAGUAGAUUUUUUUUUUUGAACCAGAAGUGGGUGGAGGGGGACGGACCAUAAUUUUUCCACUAGUGGGCAACGUCGUUUCCUUCACAGCUGAGGUCAAGCUGUCGUAAGUGGCCGUCUCGCAAGCCCUGACAAAACGGUGUAAAACAUGAAGAUCUGGACCUCCGAACACAUAUUCAACCACCCAUGGGAGACUGUGACCAAGGCAGCAAUGCAGAAGUAUCCCAACCCAAUGAACCCUGGCGUGGUAGGGGUGGAUGUGUUGAACAGACAUGUGGACACACAGGGCCGGCUAUACAGCAACAGACUGCUCAGCACAGAAUGGGGACUGCCCUCCUUGGCCAAGACUCUCAUUGGUAUAACACGAACCAACACGUACAUCCAGGAACAUUCGGUGGUGGACCCCAAGGAAAAGACUUUUGAGCUGCAAUCUUCAAAUAUUUCAUGUACUAACAUAGUAUCUGUGGACGAGAAGUUAACAUACAGGCCGCAUCCGCAGGAUCCUGAAAAGACCAUACUGACACAAGAGGCACUUAUCUCUGUGAAAGGAAUUAGUCUGAGCAGUUACCUGGAAGGGCUCAUGGCCAAAACCAUCUCGGCAAACGCAGGCAAAGGACGAGAGGCGAUGGAGUGGGUCAUCAGGCGGUUAAACACAGAGAUCGAGGAGCUGGCAGCGACGGCACAGGCCACAAUCCGCAUCCCCAUGGCAGCUGCAGUCGCAGAGAAAUGAUCAGCCGCCAUCUCAAUGGAACUCAGACAUUUUCCCUGAAAAGGGAGACCUCUCCCUAAUCUGCCAGCACAGCCACCUCCUGUAUUGGCCCACUCAUUUUCUGUCACAAGAACACAUCCUUCCCUCAGCGGACUGACCAUACAAGCAGGGUUACACACUGUUGGGUACACAGUGAAGCUGAUGAUGGCAUGCUGCGUUCGUAACCAAAUGGGAGGUGGGAAUUUACCAGUUGUGAGGUCUUAAAUACUAGUUGGAUGCAUUCACAUGCUUUGAAUUUGAGAAAAGCCUAUUGGCUAAUGGCAAAAAAGCUGCAUAAACCUUAAAUUAAAAGUAAAACUAUCAUGUUUGCAUACAAAUUAUAGUAUUCAAAAACCAUAUUAAUAGAUUCAUUUAUAUAAAUGUUGCAUUUAAUUGUCAAUGUGGAUUGUUUUCCCACUAGUAAUUACUAGCCUUUCAGGUGGCUUUUGCCAAGUCGUAUGUGGCAUAUUCUGACUUCCCACUUGGUUAUGAACGCAGCAGUAAACAGGGUUGAACCGGGUUGCAUUCGAGGCUCAUGGGAUUUCUGGUCUUCUAACAUUUUGAAUCACACCGUGCCUACAGGUCAUCAGGUUUAUUUAUUCUCCUCCUGUCCUCUUAUUGUUAUUCUACACUGAUCUGGUUUCCUCUCUGGCACUUGACGUUUCAAUUGAACAUCAUUCUAUGUUGCCUAUGCCAGCCAUGCACUUACAACCAUGAAUAGGCUAGUAGUCAUUUUCAGGGAACAAUUAACUUACUGAGAAGAGAAACUAAUUAUGUUUGUGGGUCUGUUUGGUGGGGUGUUGUAAAGUUACUAUUAUAUAUUCAGUAAUGAAAACGUGAAUUUUAAUUACUUUAACUCAUUGUUAUUGCACGUAUUAUUACCAAGUAACAAGAGUACCACCAUUGUAUUCACUAUGUUCAGAAGUGUGGAUAUAUUUGCUAAAUUCUCCCAAAUGGUUAUCAACAGUUACAACAGUAUGUGAUUUCCACAACCUUAUGAAUAUUGGCCCUGUAGUGUUGGGUGUAGUCAGUGAAUGUUAACGGUGGCCACUACGACGGGGUAUGUUCGGGAUCAUUGGAUUGAUUGUUGGUUUUUAACUCUGCAGUCUUUAACAACCCAUUUUGUAAAAUGUCAUCAUAGUCUGAGUAAAACAAACAAAUCACAUUUGUGAUCCUGAACCUACCAGGAUUGUUUCUUCCCCCUCAUUUGGCGGCAUAUGAUAGUAUUUGUGUUUUUAUAAGCUCUUAGUGGUGUAACCUACUGCAGUGGUAAUUUCCUUAGUAGGCCAUGUCAGAGGUCAGCAUUUGGGAGAAGGUGCUCGAGGAUGACAGUUCCCCACUAGUAAUUACCAGUUGUGGCAGUUUCAAGUGGAUUUUUCCCAGUCGUAUCUGGUAAAUACCACCUUCCCACUUGGUUAUGAAUGCAGCGUUAUUACGUCAUAGAAUCAGUUCUACAUAUGCCUAUUCAGAUACACUCCCCUUUAACAUCCCAAACUCCCUUUUAAAAGCUAUUGUUACUGUUGUCCCACUUGUGUCAGGGUUGCAUUGAUCUUGGGUGAAGUCUGAGUGGCACUCCAGAUAUCAGUCACUUGUUUCAGGAAUGAAGUGUCAUGCGCGGAACAUUUGAAAACAAUGGCUAUAUGAGUAGACAUUCCGAGAAUGUCAAACAGAAGUACUUAACACUGAAAUGAUCUCAAUAAAAUGUUAUUGUUUCAUGAA